GACUCCAAUCCAACAAGAUCAAGCCUAAAAAAGGGUUGAUAAGAGCAGACCAACCCGACCGGCUCUCUCCACCACCACCACGGCACCACCGUCUCCUGUCUGUCUCUCCUCUCCUCUCCUCUCGGCUCUCUUGCAACUGCAAGCGACCACCACCCACCCGCCGACGCUUCGAUCCCCUCCCUUGCUUUUCCGUGUUCCCGCCCAAACCCCAUAGGCGCCGCCGCAGCCGCAACCGCCGCCGCCGCAGCCGCCGGAGGCCGGGCCGUGGGUGCUGAAAUGAAGGAGGUGGUGCUUCACGUGUACGACGUGACCAACAGCGACUCCGAGAAGACGAACAACACCAUCCUCCAGAUCAACCGCAUCUUCAAGGACCGCAUCGGCCUCGGCGGCAUCUUCCACAGCGCCGUCCAGGUCUAUGGCGAGGAGGAGUGGUCGUUCGGGUUCUGCGAGAACGGCAGCGGCGUGUUCAGUUGCCCCGUGGGGAAGAACCCCAUGUACACCUACCGUGAGCGCAUCGUCCUCGGGGAGACCGAGUGCGGCAUCGCCGCCGUGAACCGGAUCCUGCGGGAGCUCGGCCGCGAGUGGCAGGGGCAGUCGUACGACCUCCUCUCCAGGAAUUGUAACCAUUUCUGCGACGUGCUCUGCGAGAGGCUCGGCGUCCCCAAGCUCCCAGGUUGGGUUAAUCGCUUUGCCAACGCAGGUGAUACUGCUGUGGUUGUUGCUGAGAACACAGCAGUUAAGUUCAGGCAGGCUAAAACAGAAAUUGUGAAUGCCAGUAGAGUAGCAUACAGAUUUAUGGCAGGCCUGGCUUCAAAAAAUCAAGCCUCACCCGAGUCCCCGGGUAACAACCAAAACAGAGGCAGCCCUACUUUCCAGGGGGCUUGGUUCAAGAACAUCAUCUCAGCUGGUGCAAAGCCUUCAUCGAGUGAAUCAGCUCCCUCACAUUCACAGGAUGCUGACGAUGGCACUCCUCUGCGGCGGCAAAGUUCAACAGAACAAUCAACACAGUUGUAGCUGCUUUCCCAGCAGAUCAAUCAACAGUUGAAUUGAAUCUGUCAAUCUGAAGUGUAACAUUAGAUAAUAUCUGUUCGAAACCUGUUGUUAAAUUGAACUUGUAGUGUAACAGUUGCUGAUAUUUGUUGAAAAACUGUGAUUUGGCAUUUGCCCAAGAAUCUAUUCUUCCCAGCAUUGUUGAACGCCA